AUGGCGGCAGCUGGAUCUGGUGCUGGCCGACCAAGCCCUGGUGCGCGGUCGGAGUUCAGUGGCACCGGCAUCCAGCACUCAGGCUCUGGAAACUGGCACGUCAAUGGGGAUGUAAAUAUCGGCGUUCGUGAUCAAUCUGAUCAAGACUCGCGAUUUCUGGCCGACCUGCAAGUCACCAACCCACGCCACGACAAGAAGCGCAUCCAGGUGACCAAGGGCGGUUUAUUAAAGGACUCCUACGUCUGGGUGCUUAAAAACUCCAACUUCUGCAAAUGGCGUGACGACCAGGACCAGCGACUGCUCUGGGUCAAGGGCGACCCAGGCAAGGGCAAGACUAUGCUCCUAUGCGGCAUUAUCGACGAGCUGGAAAAACCACACGCUCAGGGGAAACUCUUGUCCUACUUCUUCUGUCAAGCUACUGACAAGCGACUUAAUACAGCGACGGCGGUACUACGCGGCUUGACCUUCAUGCUUCUCGACCAACACCCGUCCCUUGUUUCGCAUAUGAAGAAGUAUAAGAAAGUUGGGAAGGCAUUUUUUGAAGACGUGAAUGCAUGGUAUGCGAUGUCUGAGAUCUUCACAAACAUGCUCCAUGAUCCGAAGCUACAAGGCGUCUACCUCCUUAUUGAUGCAUUGGACGAGUGUACAACGGGUCUCGAUCAAUUACUCUGCCUGAUUGCAGAAACAUCGGAAUCAACCGAUGUGAAAUGGCUCGUAUCGAGUCGUAACUGGCAGCAGGUUGAAGAACAGCUACGCCCCGUAGCACAGAGGCUAUCACUAGAGGUUAAUGCGAAGUCUAUCUCGGCAGCUGUGGAUAUCUAUAUCCAACACAAGGUGAACAAGCUUGCUGAAGAGAAGGGACAUAGCUCCAAGACAAGGAACACAGUGCUUCGUUACCUUUCCAGUCAUGCGGGCGGCACCUUCCUCUGGGCGGCCUUGGUCUGCCAAGAACUCAAGAAAGUGCCCGAACUUGAAGUUCGAAAAAGAGUCAAGACAUUUCCUCCAGGGCUUGAUACUCUCUAUCAGCGAAUGAUGCAGCAGAUCUGCGACUCUACCAUCUCUGAGAAAUGCAAGCAAUUUCUUGCUAUAACUGCAGUGGUCUACCGCCCGCUCUCACUCGUAGAGUAUGGAUCGAUCUACGACCUAUCAAGCGACGCCGACUCAGCCGAUAGUGAAGGGGAAGACGACGACUCUGAAUACACUAGCUGGGAACAGAGCAAGUCCAAUCUUGCGAAGCUAGUGAAGGAGUUAGUUAGCUACUGCGGCUCUUUUCUCACCAUUCGCGAAGAUAUAGUCUACUUUGUCCACCAGUCGGCCAAGGAUUUCCUGAUGAACGAGGCAUACCCAGCAUUUCGCCAGAUUUUACCUUCUGGCAUUGCACACCAGCACCACGCUAUCUUCUCAAGGUCUCUGGACGUGUUAUCCAGCACACUCAGACGCGACAUCUAUAAGCUGCGCAACCCCGGAAGCUACAUAGAGGAUAUACCACCACCUAACCUGGGCCCUUUGGCUUCUCUGAAGUACUCGUCUACCCACUGGGUUGAUCAUCUCGAGCACUCGAAUCCUGCAGACAGCCUGACAUGCGUUGAUUUAAAGGACAACAACAGCGUUCACACUUUCCUCAAAUGUCACUAUCUCCACUGGCUAGAGGCUCAGAGUCUUCUGAAAGGCAUGCCACAAGCAGUAGUAACAAUGCAGAAACUCCAAGCAUUAAUUGGAAGUAUGGAAACACAACUUGCAGAACUCGUUCAAGAUGCCUGUCGAUUUGUUCUUUCCUAUAAACAAUGCGCAGAAAGCUUUCCGCUGCAACUUUACACAGCUGCUCUUUUAUUCAGCCCUACCCGCAGCUUGACAAGGCAACUGUUUCAAGCAGAGGCACCAUCCUGGAUUACUGUACUUACAGAGGUAGACGCAGACUGGAACGCGUGUCUGCAGACGCUGGAGGGCCAUAGCAGCUCCGUCAACUCGGUGGCCUUCUCUCCCGAUGGGCGGCAGCUGGCGUCAGCCUCCUCCGACACCACCGUCAAGCUCUGGGACGCAGCCACAGGCCAGUGCCAGCGGACGCUGGAGGGCCAUAGCAGCUCCGUCAACUCGGUGGCCUUCUCUCCCGAUGGGCGGCAGCUGGCGUCAGCCUCCUCCGACACCACCGUCAAGCUCUGGGACGCAGCCACGGGCCAGUGCCAGCGGACGCUGGAGGGCCAUAGCAGCUACGUCAACUCGGUGGCCUUCUCUCCCGAUGGGCGGCAGCUGGCGUCAGCCUCCGACGACACCACCGUCAAGCUCUGGGACGCAGCCACAGGCCAGUGCCAGCGGACGCUGGAGGGCCAUAGCAGCUUAGGAAAUGUAUUCGCGAAAACAAUUCAAGAACCAAAUCAAGGUUUCAACGAUCAGAGUCAGAUGCUCUCACAGCAGGGCGUGUGGAUCACGAAUAAUUCGCAAAGCAUCCUUUGGCUACCUCCAGAAUAUCGUGCGCACCUCAGCACCCUAGGGCCCGGAAACCGUCUAGUUACUAGCAUAGGGUCUCAGGAGCCAGCCAGGUUACCAGUAGGAGGAUAUCGCCUUAAGGGGUGCUACCAGUCAAGCGACUAA